UUGUGCAAGCAUUUUAAAAUAAACCAUGCUAAUCAUGAGAAAAUCAUCAGUGUAUCAUCUGCUGGAGAGACUCACCAGAACACGUAAUGUCACUGAUAAAGGCUCCUCCUCUUCCUCUGGUGUUUCUGCUCAUGAUUCACGUGAACUAUCUAGUGCUGGUUUCUAGUGCUGGUUGGGGUGUGAGUUACAGUCCUUCACACAUCUGUGCACUAAAGGACUCAUCAGUGAUAAUGAACUGCACUUAUACAUACCCUACUGGAUACUGGAUCAAGAGAGUGUUCUGGACCAAAGAAUUUAUAAAGGGUGAAGAGCCUCCAGAUCUGUCUGAGGACCCUGAAUACAGUCAGAGGCUUCAAUAUCUGGGAGAUAAACAGCAGAGCUGCACCAUGAGACUGAGACAUGUGACACUGAAGGAUUCACGCAUGUACUAUUUCAGUAUCAUCACUAAUAGACCUGAUAGAAAAUAUACUGGUGAUCCAGGAGUGACUCUUACUGUCACAGAUCUUCAGGUGGAGUCUCCUGAGAGAGUGACAGAGGGAGAUUCAGUCCGUCUGACAUGUAAAAGCAGCUGCACUCUGACUGACAGAGCAACAUUCAUCUGGUACAGAAACUCACAGCCAUUAACUGAGAGAAGAGACAGAAACAAUGAACUCCUGCUGCAGUCAGUCAGAAGAGAGGAUGCAGGCAGAUAUAGCUGUGCUGUACACGGACACAAUCACAUCUCUCCUGCUGUUCAGCUCAAUGUCACGUAUCCUCCAGUGAAUCCUGUGAUCUCCAUCAGUCCAUCUGGUGAAAUAGUGUCAGGAGAUUCAGUGACUCUGAUCUGCAGCAGUGAUUCAAACCCUCCUGCAGAAAUCAGCUGGUUUAAAGGAGGAACGUUUGUAGGAUCUGGAAGAAUCUUCAACAUCUCAAAGAUCAGCUCUGAUGAGAAACUCUUUGGAGGAUCUAACACAGAAAAAAACAACAACAACAACAACAACAAAAAACAUAGAUAUCAUUAACAAUGACAAUUGAUUUGAAAUCACAGACUAUUUUUAAGGAUUUAAUGUCACUGUUACUCACACAUGAUGUUUAAAGUCACAGCAUCAGAGUAUUUCUCUCCAUGUUCAUUGAUGGAUCUGCACUUGUAUUCUCCACUGUCAUCAGAGCUGAUCUUUGAGAUGUUGAAAAAGUUGUGCUGAAACAAUUAUCCACUUUUUCAACAAAGAAUUACAUUUUAGAUAAAUUUCAGGGGUGGACACAAUAGAAAACCAGCCCUUUUAAGGGUUGUUGAUGAUCUUCUUUUAAGCACGAAUGCAGGUAAUCAUGCAGCAUUAAUUUUAUUGGAUUUGUUAGCAUCUUUUGACACCUUUGAUCACCAGAUCCUUCUGACACGUUUAAAUUAGUUUGUUUGUAUUCAGGGGACAGUCUUAAAAUGGUUUGUCUCUUAUUUGAAUUGUAGUUCCUUUUCAGUGAAGACUGGUAACUAUUUCUCUGCAUCAGUACCUAUUACCUGUGGGGUCCCACAAGGGUUCAUAUUGGGUUCAGUCCUGUUUUCAUUGUAUAUGCUCCCUAUGGGAAUGAUUUUUAAGAAGUAUGGCAUUUCUUACCAUCUGUAUGCUGAUGACACUUAAGUCUACUUGCCGUUGAGACCAAGUAGUAAGGAUUCCAAUGCCAUACUCAAGUGUCUGGAGGAAGUAAAGCUGUGGUAAUGAAGGCUAAAAUGAAAAGAAAAACAAAAACAAAAAAAAAACAGAACUUAUUAUCUUUGGUAACACAGCUUGUAGCCAGAUGGUAAACGAUAACUUAGGCUCAUGGAAGGUGUACCUGCAGGAUCAAGUCAAGAACGUGGGAAUCAUUUUUGACUCAUCUCUCAUAUUUGAUCGAGAGGUUCAUAAUUUUUUCAUUUUUUUGUUUUUUGUUUUGUUUUUUUAUUUAAGGGCAAUAGCCAAAUUGAAACCAAUUCUGUAAGCUAGUGGCAUUGAAAAAGUAUGCAUUCCUAUAUUUUUCCUGUCUAGAUUAUUGUAGUGCUAUUUAUGUUGGGACCUGCCAAACAUAUGGUGCUCUCUUGCUAGUUGUUAAUGAAUGCUGUGAAAACGGAUCAUGUUACUCCCUUGUUAUCUUUUUUAGGAUGGCUAUCACUACAAUUUAGGAUACAGUUCAAGACUUUGAUAUAUGUUUUUAAAGCACUUCACAAAAUGGUGCCAGAAUACUUAGCUGAGCUUAUUAAGCCCUACAGUCCAGACAUUAUACUAAAAUCAUCAAAUAAGUUUCUUCUAACUAUUCCCCGUGUGCGUCUCAAAUUGAAGGCUGAUCAUGCUUUCUCUGUUGCUGUUCCAAGACUGGAAUAAUCUGCCAUUUGACAAUAGAUCUUCCUCAAAUCUUAAUCUUUUAAAAGAUUAUUUGUACUCUCUGACAUUUUAGUACAUUAGUGUAUGGAUGCUUUUAUGUCUUGUCUUCUUGUUCUAUUGUAAUGUACAGUACUUUGGAACUACGGUGUAGCCUGUAUGGUGCAAUAUA